CCACCCAGUAGUAUAAAUUUGGGUUAAGUUAAAGGAAGUCGUCCAAGCCUUUCUACUCAAUAACAUAGCUGAUAAUCAAUCCCUUCUCUUCUCAAUCAGACAUGAGUCCUCUACGCCUAGUCAUUGCAGUACUACUACUAAGUAUUUCAUGCAAACAAGUGAGUCUAGUUCUUGCUGAUAUAGGAACAGCUACUUCCUAUGAUCCUCCAUACGCACCUACAAAGUGCAACGGGAAUAGGGCAGACCAAUUCCCACCAGGAAACCUGUUUGUUCAGGUAAGUGAGGUGCUGUGGGAUAAUGGUGCUGCCUGUGGCCGACGCUACAGAUUGAGGUGCCUGAGUGGCAGCAAUAAGCCCUGCAAAGGAGGCACCGUCGAUGUAAGGGUGGUGGAUUUUUGCUCGAGAAGGCCAUGUCCCUCCACUAUCGUCAUGUCAAAUGAUGCCUUUGAUGCUGUUUCGCGUUCCCCUGAUGCUAAAAUCAACAUUGAAUUUAUCCAGAUUUGACAUCAAAUAGGGCACCCUGUGUUUGUUACGAGAGAUAACCUCAGUCAGCUAGCAGAGUUAAUUAGCUUCUUACAGGAUAUAUAUGUAGUCGCAUACAUGUAGACAGAGUUAAUGCUGUUGAUGAGACAAUAUACUUGUUGACUUUACAGCUGCAUGUUGUGUUAUUUUUCUCAAUUAAUGCUUCAGAACUACAGAAA